UACCGUUGCAUCCUGGGACACACCAAGGUAUAUUAGUGCUUACGUGUCUUAUAAAAAGGUGAAAAGAUCUGAGGCCCAAUCACAGCAGGAGUAAUAAGGCGCAAACAAGAAGGAAAGGGUUAAGAAGAUGGUUGUUGGGCAAAACAAAAUUGGAGUCAAGUUUGUUGUUUUGCUUGGUUUAUAUUUGGCAUUGUAUACUGUUGCGUGUGACGCUGUUAAUCCAUGCUGCUCGUUCCCAUGCCAAAAUGGUGCAGUAUGCGUUGAUGACGGUGAUGAAUACACCUGUGACUGUACCAGAACUGGACAUUUUGGAGUUAACUGUGAAAAACCAAACUGGUCGACGUGGUUUUAUUCAUUGAUCGCACCGAGCGAAGAAUCUAAACAUUUCAUUCUUACGCACUUCAAUUGGUUUUGGUGGAUCGUGAACAAUGUUCCGUUCAUUCGAAAUACUGUCAUGAAGGCUGCAUACUUUUCACGUACUGACUUUAUACCAGUACCACAUGUCUACACAAGUUAUCACGAAUAUCCAACAAUGGAAGCACAUUACAACAGAUCUUACUUCGCGAGGACACUGCCUCCUGUACCCAAGAAUUGUCCGACGCCAUUUGGAGUUGCUGGUACAGUUACAACUAUAUACAGGAUGAUAAAUGAUGAAGAGUGGCCGCCAUAUUUAAAAGAUGUGAGCAACUUUACGAUGCAAUACCCACCCGAUACACCGGAAGAUCAAAAGUUUGCCCUUGGUCAUCCUUUCUACAGCAUGCUGCCGGGAUUGUUCAUGUAUGCUACAAUUUGGAUCAGAGAACACAAUCGCGUUUGUACUAUCCUGAUGAAGGAACAUCCAUAUUGGGAAGAUGAAAGACUUUACCAAACUGGCAAACUCAUCAUCACUGGUGAAUUGAUCAAAAUUGUGAUCGAAGAUUACGUCAACCAUUUGGCUAAUUAUAACUUAAAACUUAAAUACAACCCAGAAUUGCUGUUUGACAAAGGCUAUGACUACGACAAUCGAAUACACCUGGAAUUCAAUCAUAUGUAUCAUUGGCAUCCUUUUAGCCCGGAUGAGUUCAUCAUCGAUGGCUCAACUUACACUAUAGACGAAUUUAUGUAUCAUCCAGAGAUCGUAAUCAAACAUGGGAUGAAGUCCUUUGUAGAUUCAAUGUCUAGAGGCUUAUGUGGAAAGGUAAUCAUGCGACAAUUUUUUAUUAAUAUACAACUGAAGGCAAAGUUGCCCUUCCUAAAACGUGAACAUAAAAGCGUUGAUCAGAUGUCACAUCAUAAUCAUGGCAAGUAUACAUUAGAAGUUGGUGUUGAAGUUAUAAAGCAUCAACGUCGACUAAGAAUGCAGUCAUUCAACCAAUAUCGUCAACAUUUUGCAUUGGAACCAUACAAGUCCUUCGAGGAAAUGACUGGUGAUCCCGAGAUGGCUGCUGAGUUGCAAGAGACGUACGGUGAUGUCAACGCUGUUGAUCUUUAUGUUGGUUUCUUCCUUGAGAAGAGCUUAGCUACCUCUCCUUUUGGUAUAACUAUGAUCAACUAUGAUCGCUUUUGGAGCUCCGUACUCACUGCGAGGAUUACUCUCCAAUCCUGUGUCUAGUCCAUCUUACUGGAAACACUCUACAUUUGGUGGGGAAGUUGGUUUUGAUAUUGUAAAAACAGCAAGUCUUGAAAAACUGUUUUGUCAAAACAUCGCUGGCAAAUGCCCUCUGAUUACCUUCACAGUACCCGACGAUAUCGCUCGUGAAACAAGAAAAGCUCUUGCAGCGAAAGAUGAACUUUAGCGAUUUUAAUGCUUUACACUUUAAACAUUAUUCCAAUUUGCAAUCUUUACACAUUUCUGCUGUCAGUUUUUGAUUCGUUCUAGUGAUUUAAUAGUUGUUGCAUGGUAAUAAUAAAGCGGGUCCUCGCACUGGAAAGCAUUAUCGUUUAUAUGUUUAAUUAUGUUUAAUGACCAGCAAUAGCUUUAUUAUAGAAAAGAAACC